AUGUCCUCUUCAAUCAGUCUAGCACUAAAUCCAGUGCCCGGCUUCUGUGUAAAAUCAAACGUGCUUCAACCCGCCGUCGUCCCCAGAACCGCCACUAGUCAUCCUCCUAGUACGCCCUCCGAUGCCCUAGGAGUCCUCUUAAACACACAAAACACUAUUCCGAAAGGACUUAAAGUUUUUGUUAACAUAGCAUGGGACACGAACGUACCACCGCCUCCACCUGGUAGCGAAGAUGCAAUUCAGAAAGCAAUGCGUGACCAAGACUAUGACAGAUCAAAUUCGGAUGGAAGUUUCAUUCCAGUCGUAGUAUCAGAUCUUCGUGAUGACAAGGACAAAGCCGGUCAACCAGCCCUUGUCGUUGAUUGCCGCGUUGAAUCGCACACCUCGCUUUUGCUUUCCCGGCAGAUCGGCACGCCCAACAUCGCCUCGAAAGGCAAACCUGUGUCGCGACAAGUGCUCGUGCCUGGACUGUCCGGUCACCCUCACCACAAAUCCAACACCAAGACUACGCUCAUUCAGGAAUUAGCUUCUCCAACAGCUACCGCAUCGGCUCCAAGAGUCAAGGGGAUAUUCAAAACCGCAUCGAAUACCCAGACUCCCACAUGGUCGUGGACCCCGACGAAGGACCAGCGUAAAAUCCGUUUCAUGAUCAAUGUGCCCAAUCUGACUCACGCCCAUAUCUCCAACUCAACGCUCGACAUAGAGCCACGAAGAGUGAUACUACACAUUCCUUCUUUAUACGACCUAGAUAUCAACCUCGAUGUGGCACCAGACACCGAGCCUAUGGCCACGAAUCGUCGUCUUGGCGAAGGUGCCACAGAACUCAAAAGGUUGAGAGAUCUCGAUGUGGACGGCGCCAAGGCGGAGUGGCGGGUCGCUGAAAAGGUUAUAGUUCUUCUGGCUUAG